AUGACGUCAGAUGCUAUUGCAAGACUUAUAGCAGAUUUUAAUGAUUUAAAGGAAAAAUGUGCUCAUCAAGUAGAAGAAAACCAAAAUCUUAAACAAAAAAAUCAAAACCUUCAACAAGAAAUUCAAAUUUUAAAAGAAAAACUUCAAGAAAAAGACAAGCAACUUGAACUUCAAAAAAGUGAAAAUCAAUAUGAAAAACUUGAACAAAAUAUUAAAAAUUUAGAAAAGCAAAAAAGUGAACUAUUACAACAACUAGAUCAACUUGAAAUAAUUUCCCAAAACAUUCGAAAUAGUUUAGGAAUAAAAAAUUUAAAUAAAGUUAAUGAUAAUAAAGUACAAGAAAAAUGUGAACCUUUAAUCAAAAAAGAUAAUCAUGAACAAAAAAAUCAUAAUAUUAAUAACCAAAUAAUCUUAUCUUUAAAUAAUAAUAUAAAUAGUAAUGAUUCCUCCAUAUACUCAUUAAGUUUAGGAAAAAAUACAGAAAAAUCCGGGAUUUAUUCCGAUAUUCAAGUCGUGGUUGGAUUAGAUUUUGGAUCAGCUUCCUACGCACGCUCUCUUCAUAAAGUUGGAAAACAAGGAAUAUUCCGAAGUAAUUCGUAUCAGCAAGACAAUAAAAUACUUAAGCAAAAUGUAUAUAAAACGUUAUGUUGCGAUACUCAAUUUAGUAAUUACCUCAAAAUUGUUGAAUUAUACAAAUUACGUCUGGGUAACUUGUCGGAUAGUAAUUCAAAAUCAAAUUCUUAUCUGUAUGAAUAUGAUCUGCUUAGAAAUAUUGGAAAGAGUACAAAAGAUAUAAUUGCAAGAAGUUAUCCAAAUAUUAAAUACUUUGAAAAUGUAUUAUUUGUUCUUACUGUUUCUGAGGAGUAUUCAGAAAAAGACGAAGCUAUUAUGAGAGAACGUGUUCAUAAUGCAAAACUCGUUAGAAAUAAAUCUUCGGAAAAGAUACAAUUUAUUACAGAAUCUGAGGCUGCAGCAACUUAUUGUAUAAAAAAUGAAUUACAGAAAUAUAACUUAUUAUCUACAGAAGAGCCAUUUAUUAUUGUUGACUGCGGCGAAAGUACUAUAGAUAUAACUACUCACAAGUUGGUUAAAAAUAAUCCAUUACAAUUAAGCGAAAUUACCAAUCGCGUUAGAGAUUUCUGUGGAAGUAUAUUUAUUGAUAAAGAAAUAAUUACAUUUUUACAUGAAAAAUAUGGGAUUGAUCCAUUAUUAAUAUUAUCAACGAAUGGUUAUUAUUUCGAAUUACAAAAUAUUUAUAAUAUCUGUCAACACUUAAAGAAGACUUUUGCAGUAGAUAAUACGGAAUUUUAUUAUACGCUAGAUGUUGAGGAAAAUUUUCCAUUUUUACCGCGCAGUGUCAGUAAAGAAACAAGAGAAAUUAUGGAAGAAAUUAACUGGUUUAUUGAUAUUAAAUAUAAUGAUAUAAAAAAAAUGUUUGAUACUGUUAUUGAUAGAAUUAUUCGUUUAAUACAUAUCCAACUUUCAAAUAAUAAAGAAACUUGCUCAGCAAUGUUUUUAGUUGGAGGUUUCGGUGAGAAUAAAUAUUUGCAAAGAAGAAUUAAACAAGAAUUCCAUCAUACUGUGAAAAUUAUUUCAACUACUGAACAUCUAUCAACUGCAAUUUCACGUGGAGCGACGGAUUAUGGAAUAUCAUUAAUAAAUUCAAAUUCAAAUAAAUCAGGAAAUAAAAAUAUUAUUUCAACUAUUCUUAAACAUACUUAUGGUUUUCGAUUUGCCUCAAAUUGGAAAGAAGAUAAUAGGAAGACUUCUGAUGGAAAAAUUUCAAAUUUUAUUUCUUUGGUCGAACGAGGCACUAAGGUUUCACCAGAUCAGAUCUUCACUUUUAAUUUUAAACCCGAAUCAGGUCAAACACAUGCAAAAUUUGAAGUUUAUUGCACAAAUGAAGAAUCUGCAACAUAUGUUGAUGAAGUUGAUGGACCAGGAAUGAAAUUACUUGAAGUAUUAAACGCUGAUCUUCCAGAUGCAAAUCUUGACAACAGAAGCAUUAACUUUGGAUUAUCUUUUGGUCCAAAUAAAAUUACUGCAUUUGCAAGUAAUGAACUCAAUGGACAAAGAUUUGAAAUUAAAUUUAAUUAUUAA